AGUAGUGAUAAGCCACGGUUGACAAUGUUAAUGUCGCGAGCCGGAGAAGUCGGAGGAGGUCUGGAGCGGCGCACGUGUUGACGACGUCAUUGCCCGCGGAAUCUCUUUUUCUUUCUUUCUUUCUUUCUUUCCUGCUUUCCUGCUUUCCUGUUUUCUUGCCUGUCUUCUCUUUUCUUAUUUCGAAUCAACCCCCCCCUCCUCCCCCAAUGUCGAUCUCAGCCUCCCCUGGGGUUCAAUCCCUCGAUUCGCAUUCCAGAGCCGCCCCAACCAGAAAGCAUCGCCGGAUUCGGUCAAUUCCUAAACAUCCUGUGCUCCCAAGUACAUCUAGCCUGGCCGUCGGUCACGAAAGCGGAUGGGAAAGCCGAAGCGGAUUUGCUCACCUGCUCUAUAAUAACCGGACAUAUGAAGUCGGUCACCCCUGUCAGGCGGCCGAAUCUGAACAUGUAAAUCAUCAAUCAUGGGACACCUCGAGCGCUGCCAUCACGUCGAAUCGCAGGAUGAAGAGAACUCGGCAUAUCGCUCCUGGGUGUCCGUGCUGGUCUGGUGCGCAAUUGGCUACCUCUGCAUGAUCACGCUUUUUGUCGCAGCCUGCUUUUCCAAGCCCUCUUGGCUUGAACUGGGACUCCUCCCUGUCUUGGUCCGGGGGGGUCCCCUAUCGCCAUUCUUUGCGUUUUCGCGGGGUUCGGAACGGUUCCAAAAACCCAAGGGCCUGGACAUCAUUGCUCUGGUCCCUUUUCAUCACCAUGAGCGUACGGCUGUUUUAGAAUGCUACUUGCAGAGGAAUUUGGCCUACAACCAUGGGUUUCUCGACCAAGUAAUCUUCAUUCCUCGGACCAACCAUACCGACAGCCUAGAAUGGCUCGCCUCUACAGUCGACGGGACCCCAUUAUACGCGACUUGGAAGUCUGGCGAUAGCUUGGCGUCGUCACAGCAGGGCAAAGAAGUUCUAUAUAUUUGGAUUGAUGGUGACAUGGUUUUCUUAGAAGACCAUACCAUCCCUACUGUUGUCAAAACCAAACUGGACCAUCCGGAUUCAAUCGUAGUCUCUGCAAAUGUCAUAAAUGCGGCAGCUCUACAGGCGCUUCACAGUCACCCCGGUCUCGCUCUGCCUUACCUUCCGGAGCUGUUGCCCGAGGCGUCAAAAAUGCCAUCCCGACCUACGUUGCCUCAAGACUGGCGUACUUCGAAACUCCCCCAGUGGGAUGGUCCCGCAAACUUCAGUGUCUUGAAAGGCUUCUCUCCACCCUCUGAGAACCACCGUUGGCUCCUCUCAAGUGAUAACGGCGCUGACCGAACACCCAUUGGUACCUCCGUGUACACAGACCAAGGGCCCGGGUUGGACCAUUGGACUGUCCAUGCCCAACAGCAUUAUUCCUUCCUGCAUCACCUUGAAGCGGGCGAUCUUUACCGUUACAAGUUUCCCAUAUGGAAAAAUCCAAAUGAAGCCAUCAGCCAGAGCUUCCUAUGCUUCCGUGGCGAGGAAUAUGAUCUUUUCCGCCCCUUCGUUCAACAUGAGCACGCAAAGGGCCCACCAUCGAAAAUGACACGAGAGACUCGUGACCCGAAUCGAAAAAUCAUAAUCGAUGGUAAAGGCCUGGUAGUCCAUUAUACCAUGGGCACGACCUCCGAGGGGCUUGAAACGACUGACAUUCUCCAUCGCUACCGCGCAUAUGCUCAGGAGAAAGUUUGCUUGAACACUGCUUGAUUUAGAUUCAUAUAGCUUGUAUCAUUGCUGAUUGUGGGAUUUGAAUUGUCAUUGGUUUCCCCCUCUAUUCUGCGUUCGGACAAGGCGGUCUUCUAUAGCUCUUGGAAAUAAUGAAAAGGACAUAUCAUAACAGAA